GAAGGGUACGUGAUGUUGCAUAGUUCUUUUUCGGUGAUUUCUGGUUCACACACAUUGUAACUAGGGGAAUCUGUGUUGGAAUAGAAGUGAUGGAGUUUUGGUUCCACUGCAACAUAUGCACACGACGUCCGGAAGGUCGGAUCGACGUUUCCAGCUAUCGCCUUACCAACUGUGGGCACAUUCUGUGCAGCGAAUGUUUUACCGAUACUGAUACGGCAAAAGUUUGCAAAAUUUGUCAGCGUACUGGAAUUGUAACUCAUGCAGUUGACGACACACUACCGUCGCAUAUACAGAAAUUCUUCGUGUCUCCGCAAGCGUUGAUCGAAAGAGCAGAAAAACGUAUUAAAGAGGCAAUUAUAUUCCAACAUUCUCAGAAGAUUUUGAUGGAACGCUGCUUGGUUAGAAAGGUUGUGCAGCUUUGGUAUCAGCUUCAAGUGGCGAAAGACGAUUCAAAGGCGAAAAAUCAGCUCGAAAUAGAAAUAACACACCUUAAAAAUGCACUGAAAUGUUUAAAAGGGGAACUGGUACGUACACUUAGUAAACAUCGAGAAUUUGAAAAGCAAGCACUGCAGUGGGGAUUUAAAGUGCUCUCUGUCAAAGUAAGGAGCUUUGCAGAAGGUGGACAAAACUUUUCGAGAGAGCAGGAGGCGGUGCAGAUCGUGGAAACGAGAAUGUAUGCCAAAAGUAUUGAUACGUUCACGAAUAAUGAAAGCACUCUUGAAGAUGACAGUUUGCUGUCCUCGCAAAUUUGGAAUAAGCCAUUAGACUUAUCAGUAGAAGGAAAAAUUGAUUCUGUGAACCGAGAGUUGAUUUCGUCGUGUUCAUCAUCAAAUUCUAAUUUGGCGAAAUGUGCCACUGCACCAUUUAACAGUCUCACUGGCAGUAUUCUCUCUAAAAAGGGUCGCACAGUCGGAAUACAGGGAUCACGCACUCAGAGGAAUCUCGUUUUGUUGAGCAAGCUCCAGGGGGAAGGAAGCAGAUUUACUCACCGCAAAUUUUAUCGACUUCAAAACUUUGAUCAUAUAUUGCAUCCAAGGUCUGGAUAUAAAAAAUGGGCAACAAGUGUUGGGUAUCCGAUGUUUACUUUACGUGGGGUACGAGCUGAUGCUAUGACAAUAGGAAAUAAUGAGGGCUGGGAGAUUUGUGGAGACGUUUGUAAAGCGAAGUUGUGCCAACGAAGUGAUAACUACUCAUCAGUUCAAAACGCGAUUGUCUAGAGGGGUUACAGAAAUACCUGAUGUGUUAUUGCUAACUCGG